UGCCAUCUGCUACUGCUACCCAGAAAACUACACGUGUGUGUUCGAGUUCGAGUUCGAAGAUGCGCCUAAACCCUGCACUUACCAACGCCACCAAUCUUCUAUUCAAGAACUCUUACCCUUUUUCUCCCUUGCUAUUCCCGCGCCAUUCAUCUACCAAUUUGUUAGUCACAGGACUAUCCUAUGAUACGAACGAAACUGUUCUAAGAGAUGCAUUUGAACAACACGGCGAAUUAAUCGAAGUUAAAGUGAUAUGUGAUCAUGUCACUGGCAAAUCAAAAGGCUAUGGAUUCGUUCGCUUCACUACUGAAACUUCAGCUGCUACAGGUCGCAAAGAAAUGCAUAAAAAGAUUAUAGAUGGGAGACGCAUUCGAGUGUGUUAUGCUCACAAACAAGCCUAGCUAGCGAUGCUGCUACUGUUGUCUGGAAUUUUUGUUUUAAGCUGGUUAGGGGUUCCUACUUCCUUGGUGUGUAAGGAAAACAAAGAAAGAUGAAUUAGAGUGUUUUUGGAAAUGAAAUGAUAUUCCUCAAUGGUGCGCACUUUCUUAAGGAUUUCAUGGGGUAUGGUCAUUUGUGUUCUUUCCCUCCCUCCAUUGUUGCAAAUGGAACUGCAGUCCUUAAGGGACAUGGGUUGGCAUUAGUUAAUUUGAUCUACCUGAGGAUAUUUUCCAGUGAUCAUAGGAGAAUUAUGUGUGCUGAGUUCAUGCCUUAAAGUUUCUAAGCCACUCAAAAAGGAUGGUGUUUGAUUUAUGGUUUUUGUUAGGGAUGAAAUCCAUUAGGCAUUAGUUCAUUGCUUUCAUAGUUUGUUUUCAUCAUUACUUUGUAAAAUUGUGCCAAACACAUCUUAUUCUUUAUUCUAUAUAUAUUUUUAGUUUAUUUUCGCUUCA